AUGGCAGAUGCGGAACGGCGGGACUUCAAGUUCAAAGUGGUUUUGCUCGGCGAGGGAUGUGUUGGCAAGUCGUCGUUGGUGCUGAGAUUUGUGGAGAACAAAUUCAGCUCAAUCCAUUUGUCCACCAUUCAGGUAAGUUGUUACCAGUGAAUCUUUGCGCAGUCCGUUCUUUUCAGGCGAGUUUCCAAAACAAGACGGUGCACGUGGAUGACUGUCGCGCUGAAUUGAACAUUUGGGACACUGCCGGACAGGAGAAGUACCACUCCCUGGGGCCCAUUUACUACAGAGGAAGCAGCGGAGUACUGCUGGUCUAUGACAUCACUGAUCGGCGGUCCUUCGACAAAGUAUUCCAGUUCCAGAAGACGAAUGAUAAAAUGUUCGCUUUCAGGUCAAAAACUGGGUUCUUGAGAUCAAGACGUGUCUAGGCAAGACGGCUGAAAUUCUCGUCGUCGGCAAUAAGAUUGACCUCGAAGAAGACCGGCAAGUGAGCAGACACGAUGCGGAAGCGUACGCAGAGUCCGAGGGAACUCUGUACAUGGAGACGUCGGCCCAAGAAAACAGGGGAAUCGGCGAAGCAUUUGAGGCGCUUACUCAAAGUAGGCCGCGCUUUUGAAUAGAGUACAAUUUGAACAAUGUGCAAUUUUCAGAAAUGAUCGAACGUGCACGAAUAGCCGUCGCGGAGGAGCCCACUUCGAAUCGCUCGAUCCGAUUGAUUGAUGAAGCCGAUCAACGGGACGGACAGAGCAAAAAGUGCUGCCGAUGA